AUGGCGCAAAAGCCCCGGCGAAAAUGGGGAAGAGGAGCGGUACCUGUCCUUGAUGAUCAGGACUACUUAAUGGAAUUGGAAAAACAAAAAUUAGAGAAGGCAAAACAAAGAGAAGAGGAAAAACGGAGAGAAAAAGAAGAAAUAUUCCAGCAUUAUCGAAAUUAUACGCUAGCGACUUCGGAGAGAACAAAACCAGAAGAGCUGUGGAUAGAAGAGGAAGAGGAGGCUCUGUAUAAAGACCCUGAGCCGUCGGGAGUGAACAAUUUAAGAGAAGAUUUACAUAGAUUUGGAGGAAAGGUUGAUAAAUCUGAUCUUUUUUCAGGACAAGAAUCCUAUAGCUUUAAUCGACAUCGUCCUAGAAGAAUGGAACUCCUUAAUAGCUCAAAACAACAAGGCGAUGAUGAUUUUCCUCUUGUACAAAACAAGCUCUCUUCGCAUCCCAAAAACAAGAGAGAAGAAAUGUACGAGAAGAAAAAACAAAUGCGACAGAGAAAGAAGAGCGGAGAAGGAGGACUGUUUGACGACUUGGAAAUGAAUAGCAUGAUAAGCGGAGCGAUAAAACAAAACACAAGUGAAAACAAUCAAACUAGGUCCAAAAGUACUCCAAAGAUGAUUAGUCAAAGAGAUAUAAUUUAUGAACAAAAGAAACAAUUAAGAAACAAAAAACAAGAAAUCACAAACGAUCCAGAAUCUGAUUAUGAGCAUGAAGCGGACAAGUAUGUUUCUCAGGAACAGAAAAAUCAAAUACUUCAGAACAAGGAUCAUCAUCGACCUAUCAUAAGAAACAGCAAACAAGAAAUAACUCAAGAUCCAGAAUCAGAUUCAGAGCAUGAAUCACAGAAAUAUAAUAUUUACGGAGCUCAAUUCGAUAGCCGAAGGGUAGCAAGAGGAGGUUUUAAUAGCGCACCUACAAGUAAAGUAGUGACGCCACAAUUAGAACCUCUCAAUAUCCACAACAACAAGCCAUCUUCUCAACCAAAAUCGAAUGGCUUUGGAAGAAAUAGCAGAGAUUAUGAUUUUGCUCUGAAAGGGGGAAACAUUUUUGACAAGAUGGGCUCUAACGAUCCUCCUGUUCCUAGGCGACGAGGUAUUGGAAGACUGUUUACAGACAAUUACCCAACAUCGCCUAAUGCACGAGAUCAAUUCACUGCUCGAUCUGACCCUUCCCAACCUUCCUUAAAUCGCAAUAAUUUCGUAUUGGAAACUCCGCGACAUUACUCGAACAUGCACAAUCCUCAUGAUUACAUUGACUCAAACAACCAUUUAGAACGAAUAGGUUCUGAUCAUACAAGUUCAAGAUAUUCCCAUAGUGGAGGGAGCAACACAUCCGAAGGAGCUUUUGCGAUUGCUCCAUCCAAUAACCAAACAAGCUCCAAUUCGUCACCAAACCGAUUUUCACGAAAGGCAGUAUUUAAGAAUGAGUUAUAUGGAUUGCAAGAUGUCAGUAGGAAGCAACAACAGCAAGAGGAAUAUCGGAGACAAUUAGAACAACAAAUCAUGCAGUCCAAUCAAUCCAAUAAGAAUAAGAAUCUUAAGAAAAAAGAGAUGGAUGAGGAAGAUGGGAUUAUACUUCCCUCUCAAAAAAACAACGAUGGUGCUGAACGAUCUCCUUCUUCGAAAUUCUCAAAUGAUCAUUUCCAGCAACUUGAGAGUAAUAUACCUCUUGUUAACGAUGCAGUUUCUUCUCCCGUGAAAAAAGGUAUAUCCAACAAGGUGUCUGAGCCCUUGUCAUCAAAAGAUGCAGCUUUGAUAAAGCUGCAAAAACAACUUGAAUAUAAAGCAGAGUUAGAACAACAACAACAAGCUAAGAUUGCUGCUGAAAAAGAAAGAAUUGAAAAAGAAUUGGAGAUGGAGAGACGAGAAGAAGAGAGGGCAAAACAAUACCUGGCACGAGAGUUGGAGCAACUGGAAAAAGAGAAACAAGAAAAACUGAAGAAAGAAAAGGGAAUUGUGAGAGACCCAAUUAAAACAGAAAAUGAUGCUAAGGCUGCAAAUGUGACACCCUCUUCUUCCAACAUCAAUAAUAAGGACCUCAAAGAAGACCUAUUUGGAGACAGUAACAAUAAUGGUAGCUCAACCAGUGAAAAACGGAGAGGAAGAAGAAGCAAAAAUUCUGAGUUGACAAUAGAUGCCCCAUCAUCAUCAACACCAAAUCCAUCUCAUCCAUCAGCACAACAACAGUUGGACUCCAAUGUAAACACGGAAGUAGUUUCCUCCAAUUUACCAGCUGUUCAACCACAACAAACCCCUCAAAUUCAAUUUCCUCCCCUUAAUUUAUCUUCCAACACUCCCUCUCAACAACCCUUUACUCUGGACAACAAUCUUCUUCAGCACAUUCAUCAAGAAAUGGUGGGACAAGGAAUUCUUUCAUACCUUUUGGGACAGCUUGCUGUGAUGAAACAAAACAACAUGGAAGUAUUGAAUGCCAACAAUUUGACCCACCUUCAACCUCUCAAUAUAUCCAAUAAUUCUAUCCUUCCCGUUAGUCCUAACCUUAAUUUACACAAGAAUUUAUCUGCUACCAUUAAUAAUAACAUUAUUUCACUCAACAACAGCAGUAUUGAUGAAAAAAAGAAUGAACUCUUUGGAGGAUCAUCUCCUCGAACGUCAUCGUUGGAACAACAUCUCGAGGACAGCACAAAAGAAGUGCAUCAGAAUUCUUCAACGCUUGACACGUCGAUCGAUCAUGGUGAUGAACCAUUGCCAGAACAAUCCGAAAAGAAACCAAAAAGGAGGCGAAAGAAGAAGCCUUCAUUGGAAGAAGAGUUGGGAAACACAUCUCCAAGAUGUAUAAACACUCGUAAGGUAAAAGCUGCUUCCACUACCAAUAGCAGUGUUGAAGAAGAUCAAGAUGUUUCUUCAUCCUCGAUUUCUUCCAAUAAGCAAGUAAAGAGCAAGAGAGUGUUCAAGUUAAAUAAGAGAGAGAAUGAAAACCAACAAGAUGAGGAUCCUACCAACUCGUCAUCUAUAUUACUCAGUGAGAGUCAAGGAGAUGUGGAAACAGAGCAACUCGAUCAGAUAGCAGCAAGGCCAAAAAGAAGUAGCAGUAACCCAAAGAAGUCACAGUCACAACAACAAACAGAUGUUGAUCCUUCAGAGACGAAUGGUAUUCAAGCAUCAAAGCCAUCCCGUUCCAAGCGUGUGUUCAAUAUCAACAACAACAAGCACGAAAGCUCGCCAGUACUUGCUGGGAAGUCACUAUCGGAUGAUGAGUAUCAUAACUUGGAUUCCGAUUGA